AUGGACUCGACAGUUUCUUUGGAAAAGAGCGACGACCGUUUUGCUACUGUCAGAGCCGUUCCGUUGCCAUCCAGUGGGGCCUCAGAGGAGGGCGGGUACUGUGCCCGUUCCAAACCAAAACGAGGUGCCGCGUUCUGGCUGAUUUUUUCCGCUGCUUCAACUUCGGUAUUUCUCUCGGCCCUCGAUGCUUCCUGUGUUUCUACAGCACUACCGCGUAUCGUGGCCGAUCUCGAUGGAGAAGCCUCCUUUGCAUGGGUUGGUAGCGCCUAUACACUUGCUUCAGCUGCCUGGCUGCCACUAUCCGGUGCCCUCGCUGGGACGUUUGGAAGACAGCCGAUUAUGAUUUUGGCACUUUCCCUGUUCUUUUUGGGGUCAAUUUUAUGCGGAGAGGCGAUCAAUAUGAACAUGUUGAUUGCAGGAAGAACUGUGCAAGGUCUGGGCGGCGGGGGGAUUCUUGCGAUGACGGAAAUCAUUAUUGCCGAUCUCGUCCCACUGAAGGAGCGUGGCCUAUUCAUGGGAAUAACCUCGCUCGUUUGGGCGCUCGCCGCGGCCAUUGGGCCACCUAUGGGUGGAGCAUUGUCCCAGAAUGUUACAUGGCGGUGGUUAUUCCGCAUCAACCUGCCGCUCACAUUUAUUGCUAUCUGUCUCGUCCUCGCAUUUUUGAAGCUCAAGGUCCCAAGCGGCAGCAUAAUGCAGAAGCUUCGGAGGAUUGACUGGCUCGGUAACGCUUUAAUCGCGGUAUCAACAUGUGCCGCAACGAUUGCGCUCACUCGAGGGGGCGUGGAGGCUUCCUGGACUGCCGCACAAACGCUUGUGCCACUCAUUCUCGGUCUUCUCGGUAUAAUUGUCUUCUUCGUCGUCGAGGCUACCUGCGUAGCCGAGCCCACGAUACCUUUCGACCUUCUCUCCAAUCGUACUUCUGUGGCCGGCUUUCUUACCACAUUCUUCCACUCCGUCGUCGCUACCGCAAUCAUAUUCUAUAUGCCUGUCUUCUUCCAGGCAUGCUUCGGAGCUUCUCCAAUCCAGGCAGGAGUGGAUACAUUCGGUCUAGCCUUCACGAUCGCACCUGCCGCCCUUGUGGGUGGUGUUUCUGCUGUGCUCACCAAACGCUAUGUGCCACAGAAUUGGAUCGGCUGGAUACUUCUCACUAUAGGCACGGGGAUUCUCAGCCUCCUGCGUGUCGACACUCCGACCGCAAGUUGGGUUGGCUUCGAGAUUCUCACCGCAGUGGGACUCGGCCUCAUCUGGACCUCAGUCAAGUUCCCGAUUCUCGCACCACUGCCCGUAUCCCGCAACGCUAGCGCCAUGGCCUUAUUCACAUUUUCUCGCACCUUUGCUCAGACGUUUGGUAUCACGAUCGGCAGUGCGAUACUGCAAAACGAGCUGAUGACGCGCCUUCCGACUGCCUUCCUCACACUUUUCCCAGGCGGUGUUGAUGUUUCCUUCGGUGCAAUUCCGUAUAUUCCAACACUGCCAUCGCCUAUCCGUGACCAAGUUCAGGAUGCGUUUGCAGACAGUCUCAGCAUAUUAUGGAAGGUCAUGCUUGCCUUUUGUUUCCUUGGGCUGCUGACCUCCCUCAUGAUGAGGGAGAUCGAGCUGCACGAGGAGACAGAUGAAAAUUGGGAUUUAUCAGCGUCCGAAACGGAGAUAGAGAUGAAGCCACAUGUGCGAACGCCAAGUUCCGAAGCAGUCGAGACAACCCCUUUAACACCCCUAGAGAACGACUUUGACCAGGGCGUUAUCAUAAUUGGUCCUAUGUACCCCUACGAUCAAGAGCGCUCGCUAUAGAGCGACAACCGGAAUUUUGGGCAUAAUGACGUGACGAGCUUGUAUCAUUCUAUACUAACUAUUAUUGCUACCAUGAUCCUAAAACACCUCCUAUCGAAUACCCGAUUAGCAUGUAAUCUGUAAACAGCUGGAGUGGCUAUUAAUUAGAUCGUUUGCAA